AUGCAGAUCGGAGAAGUCUACGGUGCCUUCUUUGCGGGGCUGUUUCUGUUGGCAACAGCCGCUGGCAUCUUAUGGCUGAGACACAGCUACCAGGUGCAAAGCGCCCAGCAAAUGAGCACGAUUGUCUCUUUGAAUGAGGAGCGGGUCAAAAUCUUGACCAGGAACCUUGCCAUUGUCCAUUGCUUAGGUUGUUUCUGGGUUCAGUUCUCUGGUUCCUCCCUUCCAGUGCCAGGCAGUCAGGCAGCGUAUGCCUUUGCCCGAGGAGAAGGUUCUGAGCCGCCUGAAGAUGGUUGGGUUGUCCGGGGCUAUGCCGCAACCGUUUCUCGAGAGCAGAUUGCCGACAUGCCCAAGCACAAGCCACGAAGUGGGAGGGUCGAACUCAUGGCGGAAGAUGAGGAGCAAGUCCCAGACGGCGAUGCGGACCAGGCUGAGAAUGAAGCUGAUGUCGGCCAGGAGGAGGAUGACGAAAUGCAGGCAGACGUGGAGGAUGGGCUGGAAGCCCCCCAGCAGGACGAGCCGCAGGACGACCCUGACAAUCAGCAAGAUGACCAGCAAGAGAACUGUGAACAAGACCAGUAUGAGCUAGAGGAGGAUCCGCAAGACGAGCAGAUGGACGACCAAGCAGCCGAGCAGCAAGAUGGACAACAGGAUGAGCCGCAAGACGAACAGCUAGAGGGUGAUCACGAUGAGCCCAUGAACGACGCAGCCGGGGAUCAAUCGCCAGCGGAUGGAGAAGGGCCGGAAAGGGAGGACGAAGAGCAAGAGCCGGCUGGCGAUCGGGGAGAAGGUUGUGAGUCUGAUAAGGGUGGGGCUAAGGGUGAACAUGAAGACCCUGACGUUGCUGCGGAGCAUGAAGAAGGCGGGGAGGAAGGUCACAAGGAUGACAAGGAUGGAGAGCCAGACUCCAAGGAAACUGGAGACCACCCGGGGCGCUGUGAGGUGGACUUGGAGGAGUCAGAAAAGGAUCCAGCAGAGGAGGCCGAGGCAGAAUGGGAGGGCAAGGAUGAGGCCCAGCAGCCAUACGUGGAGUGUGAGGAGGAUGCGCCAGAGGAUUCAAGGAAAAGGGUUGAACCUGGCACCUUUUCUGUCAGCUCCUCGCACUCAACCUUGAAUGUCAUGACGCCAGAUGGCAAGCUGCUACUGCCGGUCACUGACCGAGGCUUUCAGCAUUUAAUUGCUUGUGCGCGAGCUACGGCAGGGCUGAAGGAUGGCAGAUAUCUUUUCGAGGUGCGCAUUGUCGAGCUGCGCCGAUCAGCCGACAACGGCAAGCAUCGGGUUCCCAAGCAUUUUUGCGGAGUUGGUUUUUGCACAGAGGGGUCAUCUCUUUUCUUGGGAGAUGAGGGGAGCAUGGGCUUCGACUCGGAGGGCUGCUUGUGCAAGGAUGGCCGAAAGAGUUGGAUGGAUGGCUUGAACGACCGCAUCAAGCUGGACCGCCAAGUUGUCAUUGGGGUACUUUUGAACCUGGAUGCGCAAAGUCCAAAUGCACAUUCCCUCAGCCUCUUUGUCAAUGGUGAGCGCUUGGGAAGACCACAAAGCUUGCCUGACAAUCUUAAGGGCAAGACUCUGUACCCUUUGAUCAACUUCAAGAAUGUGACGCUUCACGCCAACUUCUCCGGGCAUACGCCGUUUGCAGCUUUGCCGUUUGCUUGCCGCACGCUGCAAGAUGCAGCCCAGGAGGAUGUUGAGACGCAAGAUGUGAAGGACAACCAGUACCAGGUUCUAGUCCCAAUUGGCUUGCCCGAUGAGGGGACGUUUGCCUGGCUCGAUAGUUUCAAAGAAAAGGCUAAGUUCACGGAGCUCUCUGGACGAAGUGUCAAGGAGUGGGCAAUGAAAAGUGGCCUGUGGCCCUCGGGUCACGGACGCACCUUCAAUGAUCAACCUACCAUGGACUUCGGCUUGAAGGAGCUAGAUAGUGGGACGACCAGGCAGGUAAUACACGCCAUCGCUCCGUGUUUGCAUCGCAACUACAUCGUCAUGGAGGUGCAGAAAAACCUUCUGGCCGAAGAUCGUCGGAAGGCCCUUGCGGCAUUCAACACUCAGAAUUUCAAGCGUGUCGCUAUGGUGGUCAUGGGUGAGCCGCCAGAAGAGUUUAAGACCGAGGCGCGGGAGAACCUGCUGCAAGCUCGCAGGGACAAGGUUGCUGCAGAGGUGCAGAGGGCGAAGAAGCGGCCUUCGAAAUGGGACAACGGGUCUCAAGCAAACUUGAGCCCAGAGGAGUUGGAGGCCGAAGUCAAAGCUAAAGUAGAUGAAGUCAAGCUGUCCGACUCGGAGAUGCAGUCUUGGUUCCAGAAGCAAAAUGACGGGGACAUUCCUGAGAAAGACCUGGCGAAGGUCUUUAGCGAUUUUAGCUUGCCAUCUGUAGAUGAGGGCUUUCAGGAGAUCCAGUUCAUUUGGCAAGGUGAGGAGGACUGUUCCAAGCACUUGAAGAAGUGGAUUGCCGAAAGAAAACUGACGCAAAGGGUUGAGGAUUUGAAGCCCAAUGAUUGGUUUAAGAAACAGGCAGAGCUGUGGCAGCAGUCCAUGUUAAAAUGGAAGCGCAAGCAUGAAGACUGGCACGAUCCGAUGAAGAAGAGGCUCCAGCAUGCGUUGCUUCAUGGGGAUGCGCAUGGAUGUGCUGAUGCCAGUCCGAAUUCACAUGUUCUUGCGACUGCCAGGCGGCUGGAAGAGGAGGCACGCCGUAGGCGAGACGAGCAGCCUCAGGAAAAGGACAAGCCCUUGCCAGUUGGCCGACUGGAUGAGAAGGUUGUGGAUUUGGAGUCUCGGCAGCUAAUCAGGCAGAACGGUGAGCGUGGAGCGAGGGUGCUAUCUCACUCCCCUCUCAGUGAGUUGCAUAGCGAUCAUAGCGCGGAUUCAAAAAGAAGUCAGGGGCUCUUACAUGAGAAAAGCAGGCUGAACAUGGCUGAACAUCGUUUAACGGUUAUACCGGGGUUGAAGAUCAAGGACGCAGACGAUCCCCCGAAGUCCCAGAAGCUGCCGGGCAGCUGCGACGAUGUGGAUCCUUGGAAGCUUGAGGACUUGACCGACAUUGGCACGGGGGAGCCCUUGUUCUCCAAGUUCACGUGGGAGGAUUGGAUGCUGCUGGAGUUACGGUUUCAGCUGCAUGCUCUUGUCCACGGGUACAAGCACGUCAUGAACGUGUCUUUCCACGAGAGCCACACGCAGUUUUAUUUUGAGACGUUUUGGGGAAAGGAGUUGGCCCUUAGAGCGUACGGAGUUGAGUCGAUUGCGGAGCUCCUCAAAAUGGUCAGGGACACCAUUGACGUUCUGCCGAACAACUCAGUCCUGGAUGCGCAGCUGUCCGAUGAUACGCCUUUUGAAAAUUUCGUGCGGCUGACAGAAGACUAUCGCCGCGACCGCCUUCGCAAGCUCGAUGCCGGGGAUCAGACAGCGGCUCUACGCUUGCAGAAGCCUCAGGUGCACCUCCGGCUCGAGGUGACUUGCGGUGGUCUGCAGCAAGUGAACGCGACCACAGGUCUAACCGAGGUGGGGAGAGCCGCAAAGAUGCCCCUCGUGGGAAUCGGCCCCCACCAGCACCUCCUGUGCCUCGGUCCCAUGCAAGGGAUACAGGUGGCGCGGGUCAGAAGCGGGCAUAUGGCCAAGGCCCAGGCCGCGAUGACCGGGAUCGGCACCGUGCAUCACGGAGUCGGCAUGAUCGCGAUGGCCGCGAUGGCCGCGAUGGUGGGCGGCACCAAUAUGCCCCACACAAGUCGCAGAGAACACAGGGCGCUGGAACCAAUUCUCGCGGCCCCAGUGGAGGAUAUGGCUCAUAUGGCGGAGGCUACAGAGGCCGUCCCGGUUCCCGGGGCUGAUGCCAUCAGUUGUGCCAGUGCAAGGGCAGCCGCCACUCCGGGGGCUGCGUGCAACCCGCCUCAGCGAUGUGUUCGGAGUGCGAAAGAGGGAAAGUGGUUCACCAUCAAAGGUCUUGUCCGUUUGGAUUGCAUCAGCCGCAUCGCUAAUCACUGUGCAAAAGGGGUGGAGGCCGCUUUACGUGGCAUAAAGUACCUCACAGAACCUCUGGCCUAUACCCUGCGUCGGAUACUUAUCGGUCAGAUGAUCCGUCAGGUGGCUCCGCCAGUCGGAUACUUCACAGGAGGUUUUGGCAUGUUUUGGCUACAGGUCGCAGGGGUACGGGUAGUCAUAGGCUAUGGUAUGGGGGGGCCCGUCUUUCAGAUCUACACCGACCUAUCUGCCCCACCCAGGGCAGGCCUUCGCAUGUCCUCUCAUCCGCACUCUGUCUCCUCCUUCAUUGCAGACUUACUGCUAGAGGAUGAUGUAGCACGGGAUGGCUUAGCCAUGUCUCAAAUCAAAAGAAGCGAGGCCUGGGAUCGGAACCGAAUAUGGAGCGCCAGUGCACGCUUCAAGAAGGCCCUUCUCGGGCACUGGCUGCAAGCUUACAAAAAUGUUCCAUGCGCCACACAGGAUGGCAGGCAUGAUGCACGGUCCAUGCGCAGAUGUCCCGGAGGUUCAUUGGAUUGUUUUGUCCAUGCUUGGUUUGGAAUGGCUUAA